ACGGCGGCUCAGGCCAGGCCACACCUAAGUUGAAGAAGCAGCACAGCGCAAGAUCAGUCUGCCAAAGAAGAACGAUGGCCCGCGCCUGGCUGUCCUUCGUCCCCAUAUCCCUCCUGCUGCUAGCCAGCCUCGCCGCCCCCGCCGCCGCUGCAGCGGAUCCGGAGGAAGGGGACGUCAGGAUCAGCGUGCAGUACGCGACCGAGGAGGAGUCGCGGUGGAUGGACCGCUGGGCGGAGAAGUACAAGGCCCAAGGGUCCGGGGAAGGCUUCAAGAUCCAGCCGGCCACCGACGAGGAGUCGGCGCGUAUUAACACCAUGUUCACCGGCGGCGGCUACGACGCCCACAUCGAGUUUGACGACGACCACCCCUUUGGCAGAAUGGUCGUGGACGCCUUCCACUCUCGACCUCGCCCGUCCAAGCCGAACGAAAACGAUGGCCUGCAGAAGAAGAACCCGGAGGAAUCUGCCUCUCGCGCCGAGAAUGACGUCAAGGAUCUUUAGGAGCACUGGUGCCUGAUCGGCGAGGCCAUCCACGACGAUCGGCCUUCUCGAUGAACGGAAUAAAUAAUGGAGGACGGCAGCGAGGAGUUCGUGUCGUGUAUCACUAUAGCCUGUUUUAGUAUCUCGACUCAAGAGAGAUUGGUCAAGUUCUAGCAGUAAUUCUGGCUUAUGCUGCAGUGUGUGGUCUCCAUUUGCAAUUGUCUCUGUUUCUUGCCCACAUAAUAUAAGUGGUAUGCAGACCUGAUCCUGCAAGUUCAUAUAUAAUCAAUUUGGUUAUUUUG